AUGGAUGCCCGAUUGAUGAGCAGGCAUAGUAAAGUGGUAGCAUCCUUAUUUGUUCCUAUAACUGGAGCACACAAAGUUCCGUCUAGCUCAGGCUACUCAAUGUCUAGCCCAUGUUAUUCAUCAGAUGACGAUUCCAGAAAAGGAACCCCUGAUCGGGUGUUCAAGCAACCUGAAUAUCCGAUCGUGAUUGUAGACCAGAAAUAUUGCUCCAACUAUCCUAUGACAUUAACAUUCGAGAAGAACGGUCAGGUGGAGGAUAAGUUCAAGAUCAGCGAUGAGGAUGGACAUGUGUUAUUUAAAGCAAGUAAAAAGAAGAAUGGCCGUCGGGUUAUGUUAGAUGACUCAGAUGAACCUGUCAUCUCCUUCACAACUAAGCACAUCACUAUGCAUAGAAGACGUCAAGCUUACAGGGGAGAUAGCAGUGACCAAAGACUUUUCAGUGUCAAGAAGACAAGAGGCUUCAAGUCGCUGCGAUAUGAUGUUUUCAUGACUUCUAAUAUGACCGAAAGCACAUUCAAUUACAGAGUUUAUGACAGUUACAGGGAUGGAUCAUCCGUAAUAUAUGCUUCAGAUAAAGUUACCGUUCUUGCCCAGCUGAAUAUUCAAGUAACACAUCAGAAAACAGUGAAAGCAGAAGAAAAGUUUACAGUGGCUUUGUCUCCAAACGUUGAUAAAGCCUUUGUUUCAGCACUACUAAUUAUUCGAGAAGAGGUCAGGAAGUCGAGAUACAAAGGCUACGAAAGCUAA